GCAGCCAGUGGGUUGGGUGGGCUGGGCUGUGGUUCUGCUCUCGGCGUCUUACGCUGCAAAUAACAACAAUAACAUCGUUUAAAGCUAACAGACGGAUACACAAACAACCCAGAAUGAGUUAGAGGCUGCACUUCGUGCGUGCCAGUGCACUGAAACAUGGGUCGUUGCAGUGUCCAUGUCCUUCUGCUGCUCUUGCUGCAGGCCCUGCAGACAUCAGCUGAGGGCUCAGAUGGACAGUUGGUGUGUCUGUGUGAUAGCCCUACAUGCCCCCAGGUCACUCGCUGCCAAGGAACGCGGUGCUUCUCCUCUGUCAAAGUGGAAAACAGCGGGAUGGUGUUUGAGCAUGGCUGCCUGAAUGGGCCAGAGAAAAUCCGUUUACAUUGCUCCACAGCUCCGUCCUUCCACCAGGCCAUUUUCUGCUGCUCUGAGUACAUGUGCAAUGGCAACACAACCAGGAGUUCUCUGAUGUCUCUGCUUCCAUCAGAAGGCGAGCCUGCAGGUGAACCAGUUCGGUAUCGUGUUGAGACCUUAGCUCUCUUUGUACUCGGUCCGGUGGUGGUUCUGGCUCUGCUGUCUGUAGUGUCAGUGCUGGCCUGCAGGAGGCUCCACCAUGGCCGUCUGCAGAGGCUGCAGGAAUUUGACACCGAGCAGGGAGCCAUAGAUGGCCUCAUCUCCUCCAAUGUGGGAGACAGCACUUUAGCGGACCUGUUGGCCCACUCAUGUACAUCAGGUAGUGGUUCAGGUCUUCCCUUCCUUGUCCAGAGAACUGUGGCCAGGCAGAUCAGUCUGGUGGAGUGUGUAGGCAAGGGAAGGUAUGGAGAGGUGUGGCGGGGUCAGUGGCAGGGGGAGAACGUGGCUGUUAAGAUUUUCUCCUCGAGAGAUGAAAAGUCCUGGUUCAGAGAGACAGAGAUCUACAACACAGUGCUGCUAAGACACGAAAACAUACUGGGCUUCAUGGCGUCUGACAUGACCUCUCGGAACUCCAGCACCCAGCUGUGGCUCAUCACCCACUAUCAUGAGAACGGUUCGCUUUAUGACUACUUGCAGCGAGUUGCCGUGGAAACGUCAGAGGGCCUAGCGAUGGCCGCAUCAAUAGCCUGCGGCCUCGUGCACCUGCACACAGAAAUCUUCGGCACAGAGGGGAAACCAGCCAUCGCACACCGAGACCUGAAGAGCAAAAACAUCCUGGUCACAAAGGAGCUGCGCUGCUGCAUUGCAGACCUGGGGCUGGCUGUGACCCACUUCCAGGCAGACAACCUGCUGGAUGUGGGCAACAAUCCGAAGGUUGGCACCAAGCGCUACAUGGCACCUGAAGUGCUGGACGAGACCAUUCAAACAGACUGCUUUGAUGCCUACAAGAGAGUGGACAUCUGGGCUUUUGGACUGGUGCUGUGGGAGAUAGCGAGACGUACAUACAGCAACGGUAUUGUUGAGGAAUACAAGCCUCCAUUCUAUGAUCAGGUGCCCAACGACCCCAGCUUUGAGGACAUGAGGAAGGUGGUGUGUGUGGAGCAGCAGAGGCCUUUCAUUCCCAACCGCUGGUUCUCUGAUCCUACUCUCUCUGCCCUGGUAAAACUGAUGAAGGAGUGUUGGUACCAGAACCCCUCAGCCAGGCUAACGGCACUGCGCAUCAAGAAGACCCUGGACAAGAUUCACAGCUCUCUGGAGAAGGGUAAGGAGUCGUGAGAGGGAGAGGAGUUUCAGAGGCAGCUGCUGUCAGGGAUCGGCUUAAAAGAAGAACCAUGCGUUAGUUAAUGAGAAAGGGCGAUGAGGGGGACUGACAGAGGACCAGAGGAAAACAGCGUCAUGUGUCAUCCAGCCUCAUCCUUCUCUUGCUCUCUCACUUUCCCUUCCUGUCUCGGCCUUCCCCCGACAUCCCUCUCUCUCUCUCUGACUUGAAGCCCACACAGACAUUUGGACUUGUCCUGUCUGAAAAAGCCAGCCUUUGCUUCAGGACACAAACCCGUUGCCAAUGUGUUCACACUGACCCGAACUGUGGACUGUUACUGAGUGUGAAGAACAUGGGUGGCAUAUUGUAGUACCCCAUCCCAAAGCUUUAACGCCCAUUUAAGACUGCUCUGGGUUCAGAGCACAUGAAACACAACAUACUGAGAGUCUCUUACAGUCCAAUCCACAAUCUCUCAGUUCCCCAGCCGGUGGUUUCGGCAUGCGGUCGUGGCAUUCUGCUCAGAGACAAUCGGAAAUAUUUCACUCAUUAAGCUUUAUCACAACAUGCCAACUAUCACCACACACACACACACACACACACAGAGUACACACUGCAAAACACAAGUACAUUCAUUACAAAAGGAAAAGAGCCAAUAGAAACAAAAUUUUUAAACUUUUUUUUAAUAUAGUAUAAUAUUUAUGUAUUAAAUCUUCACUGCUACCACACUACUGAGGCUCUGUAAGACUGAUAUACGAUGGCGCGUGAUACUGACUGUAUACAUAUAUAGGCACUGACUCUACUGGACUUUCUGUACCCACACUGUCAUUAUUGGAGCUAGUAGGAAAUUACUUGUUGAGAAAUAAUGUUGAGCUUGUUUUGUGGUAUGGAAAAACACAGGAUGUAACACUUCAGAUAUUACAUGUUAAUCCUGAUGGUUCCUGGAGUAGACACAACAUAAGUACCUGACAGUAGGAGUUAGUUUGUAUCUUAUAAUAAGAAAAUGACAUUAACUGAUCCUCUCUGUCUGGCAUACUUCAUAAACUCACUGUGGCAGAUCUAAAAAAAAGUCUUCUGUGCAAGCAGAGAGGAAUCAAGGAAGACCUGUUUGUGAUAGAGCUGAUUUUUUUUCUUGUUUCAUUUAAGAUACUGGAGGUGAAAUCUUUUCUGUAGUGAGCUGGGCCUCCAUUAACUUCUCUCCUUUAUCAUGCCACACUAUACAAGUUGCCUGAGCAAUGGGAAAAAAACACUCUGUCUUCAUUUGGAAACUGUUUCAACAUUCAUUUUAAAACUGGUACACAGUUGCCUAGGUGUGCAGUUACAAAUGAAUUUGUUCACAAAUGCUGGGUUUGUUUUGGAAAAAAAAUGUUGCUUUGUCUUUUUUAUAUGUAAUAAAACAUUUACUGCAUACUUGCUUAA